CGGCCGCCGCGGCUCAUGACGUCGUGGUCCUGCGGAUGGGCCCUAUCCCAUCGCCUCCCAGGCUUGUCCGCACCUCUGAUUUUUGUAUAUAAAAACAGCUCCCGAGCCGACAAUUUUCGCAUCGGCAUUCAGAGGAAGAAGAUGAGAGGAGCAUCGGCUUUGGCUUUGCCAAGCCUUCUCCUCGUCCUCACCCUCUCCUCUUCCUUGUGCAAUGUCUCUGCCUCCACAAAGCAAGACCAGGUCUACAUAGUGUACCUGGGCGAGCACGCCGGAGCGAAGGCGGAGGAAGCAAUCCUGGAUGAUCAUCACACGCUGCUACUCUCCGUCAAGAGCAGUGAGGAAGAGGCACGGGCGUCGCUGCUGUACAGCUACAAGCACACCCUCAAUGGCUUCGCGGCGUUGCUCUCCCAGGAAGAGGCCACGAAACUAUCAGAGAAGAGUGAGGUGGUGUCUGCCUUCCGGAGCGAGGGGAGGUGGGCGCCGCACACCACGAGGUCUUGGCAGUUUCUGGGCUUCGAGGAAGGAGUCACCAAUCCUCCCGACGGCAGGGAAUGGCUGCCGUCCCUCGACAAAUCCAGCGAGGAUAUCAUCGUCGGCAUCCUCGACUCCGGGAUUUGGCCGGAGUCGAGGAGCUUCAGCGACCAAGGGCUCGGGCCGGUGCCGGCGCGGUGGAAAGGGACGUGCCAAGGCGGAGAUUCCUUCAGCUCCUCGUCGUGUAACAGGAAGAUCAUAGGGGCACGAUACUACGUCAAGGCCUAUGAGGCGCACUACAAGGGCCUCAACACGACGAACGCCUUCCGGUCGCCGCGCGACCACGACGGGCACGGCACCCACACGGCGUCCACCGUGGCCGGCCGCACCGUGCCGGGCGUGUCGGCGCUGGGCGGGUUCGCGAACGGGACGGCCUCGGGCGGGGCGCCGCUGGCGCGCCUGGCCGUCUACAAGGUGUGCUGGCCCAUCCCGGGGCCCAACCCCAACAUCGAGAACACCUGCUUCGAGGCCGACAUGCUGGCCGCCAUGGACGACGCGGUCGGCGACGGCGUCGACGUCAUGAGCGUCUCCAUCGGGUCCUCGGGGGCGCCGCUGCGGUUCGCGGACGACGGCAUCGCCCUGGGGGCGCUGCACGCCGCCAAGCGCGGCGUCGUCGUCUCGUGCAGCGGCGGCAACUCCGGGCCCAAGCCGGCCACCGUGUCCAACCUCGCGCCGUGGAUGCUCACCGUGGCCGCCAGCAGCAUCGACCGCGCCUUCCACUCCCCGAUCAAGCUUGGCAAUGGUGUGAUGGUCAUGGGUCAGACUGUAACACCAUACCAGCUGCCCGGCAACAAGCCCUAUCCUUUGGUUUAUGCAGCAGACGCAGUUGUUCCUGGGACUGCCGCUAAUGUUUCCAACCAGUGUCUGCCGAACUCCCUGUCGAGCGACAAGGUGCGAGGCAAGAUCGUCGUGUGCCUGCGUGGCGCUGGGCUGCGGGUGGAAAAGGGCCUGGAGGUGAAGCGCGCGGGCGGCGCGGCCAUUCUGCUCGGCAACCCAGCGGCGUCCGGCUCCGAAGUCCCCGUCGACGCCCACGUCCUCCCGGGUACCGCGGUCGCCGCGGCCGAUGCCAACACCAUCCUCAGCUACAUCAAAUCCAGCUCCAGCCCGACCGCUGUGCUGGACCCCUCGAGGACCGUCGUGGACGUCCGGCCGUCGCCGGUGAUGGCGCAGUUCUCGUCGCGUGGGCCAAACGUUCUGGAGCCCAGCAUUCUCAAGCCGGACAUUACGGCGCCGGGGCUGAACAUCCUGGCGGCGUGGAGCCAGGCGUCGUCGCCGACGAAGCUCGACGGCGACCACCGCGUGGUGCAGUACAACAUCAUGUCGGGGACGUCCAUGUCGUGCCCGCACGUCUCCGCCGCCGCCGUCCUCGUCAAGGCCGCGCACCCCGACUGGAGCUCCGCCGCGAUCCGAUCCGCCAUCAUGACCACCGCCACGACCAACAACGCGGAAGGCGGCCCACUAAUGAACGGGGACGGCUCGGUGGCGGGGCCCAUGGACUACGGCUCGGGCCACAUCCGGCCCAAGCACGCGCUGGACCCGGGCCUGGUGUACGACGCGUCGUACCAGGACUACCUGCUGUUCGCGUGCGCCAGCGCCGGCUCCGGCUCCCAGCUCGACCCCUCGUUCCCGUGCCCGGCGCGCCCGCCGCCGCCCUACCAGCUGAACCACCCAUCGGUGGCCGUGCACGGCCUCAACGGCUCGGUGACCGUGCACCGGACGGUCACCAACGUCGGCUCUGGCGAGGCACGGUACACCGUCGCCGUGGUCGAGCCCGCGGGCGUCUCCGUGAAGGUCUCGCCGAAACGUCUCAGCUUCGCGCGGACCGGCGAGAAGAAGGCGUUCAGGAUAACGAUGGAGGCGAAGGCGGGGAGUAGCGUAGUGAGAGGGCAGUUCGUGGCGGGCUCGUAUGCGUGGAGCGAUGGCGGCGCCCAUGUCGUGAGGAGCCCCAUUGUUGUUCUUGUCGCGUGAUCAUCAUUUGGUAGCUAGUGGCUCGCGCGGACAGAAAAUUGAAGGAUAGGUUUAGCCAUACAUUAUUGUUUCAAGAAGAAGUGGAAGGCAAUGAAACCUUCGGCUAGGGUACGGUGUGGAAGAAUAAUCACAUCAAAAUUUCAAUCAAGAGGAGAAAAAGGGAACAAAAAUAAACUAAACUUCCUACUUGGAACCUGUACGUAGCAGUACUGUUUCUGAAAAAAUAUCACGAAUUUCUGGCGCAUCUUAUGACGUUAUAAACCACUACUUAGUUUGAUGAUGUUAGGCCAGUCUCAAUGCAUAGUUUCAUGGCA